UGAUUUUUAUCUAAUACAUUUUGAUUUUUGCAGAUAGCUAGUUUAGUAUUUUUUAGCAACAAAAAUGGGGUUCAAAGUGGCAACAAUCAUACCAAAAUGUUUUGGAUCUGAAAAGAAGAAACGGAUGGUGGUGGUUGGUGGUGAUCGUUAUAAACUUGAUAUUUCUUACAUCACUGAGCGCAUACUAGCAAUGUCAUUUCCUUCUGAGCUAAUGAGAUCGAUGUAUCAAAAUCCUAUGACACAGGUCAAGAAAAUUUUGGAAAAAAGACAUCCUGGACACUACAAGGUGUAUAACUUGUCUACGGAGCAAGCUUAUGAUCCAUCUCAUUUUAAAGAUCUUGUUGAAAGAUUCCCAUUUGAUGAUAAUCAUGCCCCAUCACUCCAAAUGAUCAAGGAAUUCUGUGAAAGUGUCCAUUCAUGGCUUUCAAGUGACCCAAAGAAUAUUGUCUUCGUUCACUGCAUGGAAGGUAAAGGUCGGAUAGGGUUGAUGGUAUCUUCUUACUUAGUUUACGCCGGCAUAUUAGCAGAAGAGACUCAUCAGGUUUAUGCGGAUAAAGGGACAACAAAAUAUCUUCAAGUGAUGAUUCCAAGCCAACGACGUUACGUUAACUACUGGCAUAAAUCUCUAACCUUUUCCGAUGGCUGCUCACCAAAGGUCAACCUUCCAAAACAAUGUAGCAAAGAGAUCAGGAAGAUUCGACUUUUUGACACCAAAACCAUAGAAUCAGUCUUCUUUGUUGUAUCAGAAAUGCAAGAGGUUGCUGGACAACGAUAUCGAUCACCGGCAGUUGCUUACCGGAAUUUCUGCAGAAAAAGUAGGAAUGAUGAUUUAGGGAACUCGGAGAUCGAGGAAGAAGAGCAACGUAACUGCCUUGACCACUACUUUAAUGAAAAAACAAUACAGGUUACCGGAGAUGUUUGUUUGAUAUUCUACGAAAAGAACAUUGGAGGUCGUCUCUUCUAUGCUUGCUUUAAUACCGCGUUCAUUGAAAAUGACUUGAUGAAGUUUUCGAUUACCGAAUUAGAUAAAGUUGGAAAUAAGGGCAAGUCGAUAGCCGGUGAUGAUUUCCGCGUGGAAUUGCUUUUUAGUCCUGCGAACCGUAAUACUAUUGACUCGUAG